GCCGGCACAACGGUGGCGCAAGAUGGCGCUGCCCUUUGCGCGCUCGUGGAGCUUGUGCCGCUGGGGAGCCAAACGCUGGGGGGCUGCGGCCGGCGAGGCCCGGAGAGGCAUCAGUUUCAAACUGGAAGAGAAAACUGCCCACAGCAGCCUGGCCCUCUUCAAAGGCGACACAGGUGUCAAAUAUGGCCUGGUGGGAUUGGAGCCCACCAAGGUGGCCUUGAAUGUGGAGCGCUUCCGGGAGUGGGCAGUGGUGCUGGCGGACACAGCGAUCACCAGUGGCAGACACUACUGGGAGGUGACGGUGAAGCGCUCCCAACAGUUCCGGAUAGGAGUGGCCGAUGUGGACAUGUCUCGGGAUAACUGCAUCGGUGUUGAUGAUCGGUCCUGGGUGUUCUCCUAUUCUCAGCGCAAGUGGCACACCAUGCUGGCCAACGAGAAAGCCCCACUUGAGGGCAUCGGGCAGCCAGAGAAGGUGGGGCUGCUGCUGGAGUAUGAGGCCAAGAAGCUGAGCUUGGUGGAUGUGAGCCAGGUCUCUGUGGUCCACACAAUACAGACAGAUUUCCAAGGCCCAGUGGUGCCUGCUUUUGCUCUAUGGGAUGGAGAACUGCUGACCCACUCAGGCCUUGAGGUGCCAGAGGGUCUCUAGUGUGUCCAUCAUUUGGAGUCCCUAAUCAUGCUUCUGUGGCAAGUGUCGAAAGCCGUAUUACUUUGGCCCCAAGCAUCCAGUCGCUGCCACCAUUCAGUUCGGGUCCUCUGUGCAAUGUCUUAGUUAUCUUAGGCCUCUACCCCUCUGGAAACUAGGCAUAGAGCCAGGCCUUCCCCACCUCCCCACCCCUCGAAUUACUGCCAGUUUCUGAGGUCACUGGGUGAUUGUCUCCCUGGACUGCUUCCUCGGGUCCUUCUACCUCCCCCUGGAAUUGUUUCUCCGUGUUCAGUCCUGGGGUCUUUCAGCUCUGUUCAAACUGAUUCAGUGCUACCUCUCUCUCCCUACCUACAUGUUAGUUGUUUGGGGCAUUCAUCAAAUCUCUCCAGAGUAAAUCCUUUCUACCUCUGGCUGGAAGAGUGGGGGUCAGCGACUUGGCCCUUUCUCUGUAGCACUUUGGACUCAGCUCUGACUUCCUCAGUGCUUUGACUGAGUGGGUGAGUGGGUCAGAGUGAGAUUAGAGCUCUCCUUCCCCGGUACCUCAACACCACAGAGCCUCAGCCCCACACAGCUGUAGCUAACUGCACCCGAGUCCAUCUGCCUUCAUGCAGCCAGUUCAUAAUCAUUGUGCCAGUUAUAGCUGUGACCAAAGGAGAAGUGCUCCUGGGGGCAUCUAGGGUCUUAGUACCAGGAGCUUUAUUCUGGAGAAGUUCCUUCUUCAUCUGCCACAGCAAAAAGUUAGGGGGAAAGUAGGGAAGAUUUUGGACGAUCCAUUUUGGGGCAUGUUCAGACCCAAACCCCCAUUCCUCUUGGCGACAGAAUAUACAUAAUCUAAGCAGUAUUUGGGGUUGAGAAGAACCUGGUGGAGUAGAUAACUAUGUAUGUGAAAUAUGUACUGUUUGGGCUCUGUCCGUGUGGGUCUAAUUCUACCUUCUAUGAUGGUAACCCCCAGGGGAGAAAGAAUAACUAGGUUAGCAAAAAAGGAAUAAUUUGUGUAAUUAAAGUUUUAUUUCAACACAAAA